GAGCUCCGGACGUCAAAGAUACCGUAGUACCACUCAGGACGAAUCGGGUUCUCGGUGAAGAUGGUAAUUUGCGUCUUGAACUGAUUCGACGUUUAAUUUUUACCUUUUAAACUAGAUAAGUGAAAAUGUUUGGCCUGAGCAGAAUCAACCAUGGAUUCCGUGUGAUUUCUGGCAUCAAAAGAGCAGUACCUUGUAGGAAUGGCAGUGCUGUCUACCGUGGUGCUACAGCGCCCUCUAGGACUAGACAGAUUCAGGGAAUGGCCGUCGUCUCAGCCAUGUGGUUCUGGAUACUAUGGAGAUUCUACCAUGAGCCUGGCGAUGUAUUUGGUCAUUUUGAGUACCCAGAUCCUUCCAAAUGGACAGAUGCAGAAUUGGGAAUUCCCCCUGAUGAUGAGGAUUGAUGCUUGUUUUGCAACAACUUAGAAUUUGUAGUACGUGUAUAUAGCUGGAAGCUUUAUAUUGAUCGAAUUAAAGAGGACACGCGUAAGAGCUGGUACCUGAAGAUGACUACUAGAGACAUUUCCCUGACCCUUCAUCAUCUGCCUUCGUCAAUAAGCGGACAUGAUCUUCUUCAAAGAGAAGUAAAAAAAGAAAAUGGUGGACUCUGCUUAGGUCAACUCUCCACCUAAGUUACAUAGUCAUCAAAGUUGAAGUGUUUUUCCAGACCUGAAUAUGCAGAUAUGCGUCAUUCAUGUGAAUCAUCUAAGUCAACAUUUUGUUAACUUUGAUAGAUAUCUGUGAUCGCAAAAUAUUUGACUUAGAUAGUUUCAUCAGUAGAUAAUUUUAAUACCUGAUUAUAAGUGUUUCAUAAAUAAUAACAAUAUAGUAAAGUGGUGUCUUAUCGAGUGCACACACCGUCCAGAGAUGCUCAUGGUGAUAGCCCAGCAACAGUUCCUUUAGAUAUAAAUAUAUAUAUACAAACAACAAAAGGUAAACAAAGUCAACAAAGAGAUCUUAACAAAUACAACCGGGUAUUUAAUUUUAAAAAGAACAGUUUUGCAUCACCCACUGGAAUUCCUAGCUACAUCCUGGUGAGGCCUGGAGCCCUCCUACAUGCUGCUCCACUCACCGACAAUUUAAGGGGCAAACCUGCGCGUAAAUUACGCAUGGACCUAUCCACGGAGGAUAAUCUAUCGUUACUGAGGGUGCUGUGACAAUGCUCAGCACCCCCAGUAACAAUAGAACAAUCCUCCGUGGAUAGGUCCAUGAAGUUACGUUGGGCUUUACAAAUGACUGGUGAUGCCUUUUUGGGGUAAUUAUGCGCACCAAAUUUCCAUUGGUGUGGAUUUAGCUCGUAAAGUCACUCAACCUAGAAACAGUUUUAUGAAACGCCCACAUAUUGCUCACUUUAUUUGAAGUCUUGUGGUAGACAAGAAUAUCAAUAUAUGGGACCAUGCUUCAUAUAUUUGUAUUCUGCAUGUGUAAGCCUUCUAAAGUGAAAUAAAUGCCUAUGUCAAAGGUCAGAUUAUGCAAUACUUGUGUUAUCAACUUUCUUUAUAGUCAAAAUCCUCUGAAGUCAUGCCGAUUUCUGUGUUUGUAAGAGGUUUGACUAAGGCAAAGUUACCUAUGUUUCGAUAUGACCUCUUAGUAUACUGUAUUAAGAUGUAUACCUUUGACAGUCAACGUUAAGAUGCAUACCUUUGAUAGGUAUAUUUUUAAAGGUCAAAGUUCACAAAUAUCUAUUAUAUGCAAAGGUUUUAUCUCUAGACAAGGGAACUAAAUGAAUGUUGGCUCAUAUUAAACUGAGAUACAAUCUUAAAUUUCCUUUCAUGGCAAUAAGAAACUGAAAGCAAAAAAUCAAAAUUUAAUUUUUUAUACUUUCCUGAUCUCACACUGAGCUGUACAGAGUGAUAUAAUUUUCAGCCCAAAAAGCAAUUGCUAAAAAGUGGUAUUGAAUGCUGGGUAAUCUUGGCUGUUGUCUGUAUAUCAGGUUGUGCGAAUCGUUGGUAAUACUGCCAGUAGUAGUAACUGCCAUGGAAUCCUUAAUUUUGAUUUGCUAUUGGUAGUUACUACGUAUUUAACAGAGUUCAUGCAAAUGCACCCUGGGUUUGAUGCUUGAAUAUAAUGGGCUUUGGCAUAUCAGUUUUCACAUGUGUCCUCGCAAUAAAUUAUUUUGGAUGUCACUCAA